AUGCAACAGCUGAAGAAAGAGCUGCUGCUGCGCGAAAAUAUAGACAGGAUUACUACGAAAGGCCAGUUUAUCAUUCUCGUGCCGCAAUCAACUGACAUUCGUUACAGAAACAAGAAAACAAUAAGUAUGAAAAUGGCAGCCAAAUACAAAGCACGACGUACGGGUAAGCCGAGCAGAGAAAAGAAUGAGCUUGCGAAGACCACACAGUUCAUCGGACAUUCUACGCAGCCUGAGAGGCAUGGUACUGAACAAGAUACAUCCGUAUCCGAUAGCGAGAGUGAACACGAGUCCCUGCCGGAUGGUACUACUUCCCAUCGCAUCGAUUUACUACAAUUAAAAUUCAGACAACGCAUGCAAGACAUUCGAACAGCGGUAGCAGAAACCAUUGCUCUUCACGCUGAGGGCUACUUUGAGCAUCUCUACUCCAGCCUAACAAAGAACUCGAAUAAUUAUCAACUCCGACUAUCAAUAAUUUCGGACGCCCUGAAACUUUUAGAAGGACAUAGUUUGCAAUCCCGCACGUUGGAGUCAGAUAUUGUGCAAGCGAACAGGGUCGGGAAAUUGCUAUCCCAAGUACAAGAGCUUACCCAGACAUUACGGGAUAUGACGGGAGCUGCUGAAGAGCUUUGGUGCUUCAUCGUAGACGACCCAGAUGCUACGAAGCUCAUACAACAAUACUCUCGAGGGGAAUUGCGAUUUCAACAGUCAAAUGUAGACAAAUGAUCGCUUCGCUUUUGAUUCUUGACAUUAAUGAUAUACAUAGGCGCCGACUGUUGAGCGGUAGUAUACUUUGUUGUGUACUGCGUAGUAUAAUGAUGAUGGCAGAGAUUAUUCGGAGAAGCAAAGUGAUCACAGAACCGAACAUUUUUCUUUCUAAGCAAUACCAUGCACGUCGAACUAUGAAGCUUAUGAAGGCUCGCGUCUGUUAGUAGGAAACGACAAUCCUUUAACACAUUU